AGUGGCCCGAGUCCUCCCGCGUGACAGCGCUAUGCGGUGACAGCCUGCGCCAUGCAGCCGCGCCAGAGCCUGCAGGGGCCCCCGGCCAUGCCGGCCAUGUCCGCCACCACGCUCCCGGGGAGCUUUGAGCGGCGGGCGACCCCGAUGCGGACACUGCCUGCGACACUACCGGCGCAGGUUCCGCUGGCUCGCGUCAGCUCGCAGGGUUUCAUUGCGCCGCCGCCCCACCCCGCGAUGCAGCGAUGCUUCAGCUUGGGCAGCCUGCCCUCGAACGUGACGACGGUGGUCACGCCCACCACGCCGGGAAGGUACUACUCCGGGCCCAUCGCGUCCGGGCCCGUUGGGUCUGGGACCGUCGCUUCCGCGGACACGAAGCCCGCGACCGGCUCGACCGGCUUCGGCGUGGGCUACCCGGUGAUCCGGCCCACGAUGGCCAUGCCCAGCAUGGUGGCGCAGCCCAUGGUGCGGCAGCCUUCCACCGCCUCGAUCUCGCUGGGGGCGGAGACCCCCUCCCGCCGGAGCCAAACCGGGCGGGCCGAAUCCAUAGACAGCAGCCCCCGGCGCCGGGACCGCAGUCAGAGCGUGCGAAAGCAGACCUCCAUGAAGUCCAUUCCCUCCAUUCAGUCCGUGGAGGAGGAAGCGCGGGCCGACAGCCCCCGGAAGAGCUCCGCGAGCCCAAGCCGCCAGCACAGUCGCCAGAACAGCCGACAGGAGGAGACCCUAUGGGAGGUGCCCUACUCCUCUCGGAUCCACUCAGGGAGUUUGUCUCCUCGGGCCGUGAGCCCGCGCUCGGAGUCCAAGCGCUACAACGACCUCUACCAGGACGGGGAGCUGAGGCGCCAGAAACUGCAGGCCAAGUCGGAGGAGAAGAAGCGGCAGGAGGCGCAGGAGAUCACGAAGAAUAUCUCCAGCACCUGCAGCCCCCGGCAUUUCAGCAAGGAGCAGUUCCAGCAGUGGUACAACGAGAGCAUGAGCAAGAGGCAGGAGACGGAGAACUCAAGACAAGAGAAGCAGAGAUGCGAGGCUCGCAUGCGUGCGUUCAAGGAGCUUUCCGAGUGCACCUUCACACCAAUGGCUCCGCUCUGGAAGGCAAAGAACGGAAGGCAGCGGUCAGGCAGUAUGCCUUCAGAUGCGCGGCCCGUGGUGCAUGAAGGGGACCAGCAGGCUUUGGCCGACGAGCUGGUGGCAGCACAGGUCACCCAGAUCGAUGCACUUCGACAGCUGGACAGAAAGGAGAAGGAGAUGAAAGAGGCGACGCAACAAGUCUUCAAAGACUUCCUGGACAGGUCCCUCGAGGAGGGACGCAGAAAAUUGAGGUUGUUCGAGGAGACGCAGGAAGGUCGGGAGUAUCUGGCCACCCGGGCGAAGAGCUACGUGGAGCUGAACCGUGGCAUGAGCCACUCGGCAGCUCUUGCGGAGGCCCGCGGCGACCUGGCCCGCGCCAGCGAGGCGAAGCUGCAGAGCCAUGCGGCCCAACUCCGGCAGCAACGGGUGCAGAAGGAUGCGCAGCAGAUCCAGCUGGCACGCCUCAAGGUUGCCUGGGAGCUGAUCCAGCUGCAGCGGCGCUACAGCCAGCUGCUGGAGAAGCAGAUGCUGCCGAGGUCAAUGCUGACGAGCUUCGAUGCCUCUCUGGUGGAACGACUCACAAAGGAGGCUUGGUACACGGAGGCCCGCAGCUUCGCGCAGAACUCGGGCAAGCCUGAGGUAUGCGAGGCCAAUUUGCUGCUCUCAAGGUUUGCCAGGAGAGAUCCUUUCGCCAUGUCCGGCGGCUUCCAAAACGAGGGCGCUAGCGCUGGCCGCAAGGACGUGGAGACCUCCAAGUUCUACACACUCUUGGACACGAAUAAGAAUGCGUCGGAGGCCGAUAUCAAAAAGGCGUACAAGAGGGUGGCGCUCAAGACGCACCCGGACAGGGGCGGGGACCCAGAGAAGUUCCGAGCGAUCACCCGCGCCUACGAGGUUCUGAGUGAUGCGGAGCAGCGCGCUCGCUAUGACCGUUUCGGAGAGGAGGCCGUGCUUCCUGAUCGGAUGGACGUUUUCCCGUUCCCGGACAUGUUCUUUUUGCCGAGUUCCAAUCGUAGGCGGAAAACAAAGAGCCUGGUGCAGCCGCUGAACUUGACCUUGGAGCAGAUUUACCAGGGCCAGACGCAGAAGAUGCCUGUCACCCGCCAGGUGCUGGACCCAACGAGCGUUCGUAGCUGCGGCAGCUGCGAGGGCCAGGGGGUGAAGACGCGGGUGGAGCGGGUGGAGCCCUUUCCGCAUAUGCAGAUUCUGCGGUCCCAGUGCGACGCUUGCCAAGGCCAGGGGAAGAGUUUCAAGACCACACAGCAGCAGGAGGUCCUGGAGGUCAACAUCCAGAAGGGCGUGCCGGAUGGCAAGAAGAUUGUAUUCACCGAGAAGGCGGAUGAGCACCCAGAUGCCGACACCGGGGACGUGAUCUUCGUGGUGAAGGAGCAGAGGCAUCUGGUCUUCAAGCGGCGCGGCGCGGAUCUGUUUGUGGAGAAGACCAUUUCCCUGUCAGAGGCUCUAUGUGGCUUCACCCUUGAGCUUGAGCACUUGGAUGGCCGAAAGCUGAUGAUCAGGUCGGCGCCCGGGGACGUUGUGAAGCCCAUACAAGGCUUCGACCCCCUGGAGGGUCACGAGACCAAGAUGCAGCGGGAGGUCAUCGAAGACGCAGAUUCGGGCCUCGACACAGCAGAGGCCACGGCAGACGAGACAUUGAAGAGCUGCGAAACGCAGAAGGGCGCCGAUGGUGUUGUGACCGGCCAGCGUGCCUUGUCGAAGCACAGGGAGGAGACCCCAGCCAACACAUGCAAGGGCUCCAUGUACUCAGACCAAACUGCCUUCAACCCUCGCGUGAUGAAGGCCGUGAGGGGUGAGGGUUUGCCCACCUUCAAGAACCCUUUACAGCAUGGGAACCUUUUUUUGAUCCUCGACAUUGAGUUCCCAGACUUCCUGCCCCAAGAGGCCAGGCAAAAGCUGUGCCAACUCCUGCCACCCUUGGAGAAGAAGUGGGAAGAAGAUACCUCCGUGGAACUCCACCAGGUUGUGCAGAUGGAUCCGGUGGCGUCCUACAACAGCAACAAGGUGAACAUGUCAGCAGGCGAGGAAGACGAAGACGAGGAUGGGCCUGGUGGCAACGGUGCUCAGUGCAAGCAAAUGUGA